GUCGAUCUGAGCUACGUGUUCGUAAAACGAAACCAUUGGACGUUGAGGAGGGGCGAGUUGCUGCCCGGACUUCCUGGCUGCGGGGGAGGAAGCAGAGGUGGUUCCUCUUGUCCCUUUAAGACCCUGUCGCUGCGAAAGGAAAGGAAAGAGGCGGGCGCAGUUGUGAUGCGCCCGGACUUCGCCAGACGCCUAAAAUAAACAACUUCCUUUCGCUGGAGUUUCUCGACUUCGGGCUGCGCGAAGUCCGAUGUGGGAGAGGGCGGAAAGGGACGCUUGAGUUUGGCUGUUGCUUUGAUGGCAAUCUGGGGACGAGUUCGCCUUGAAUUUGGCCAGCGGGCUACAGAGAAGCACUUUUAAUGGUCGGCUGCCGAGUCGGGAUCGCAGAUGACUACAGCCGCGUUAGUGUCGGUCGCCUUGCCUCCCUUGGUUUAGCGGCAGCGGGAAAAUGCCCUUCCCGAGCUAAGAGCGAACCGCGCCGACAGUUCAUCCGGCUUGUCCGAGAGAUUAAUGGGAAACAAAGGCGAUGCGAGGCCUCUCGUUGUUCUUCCCUACGCGGUGCCCGUAGCGGCAGCCCCGGUUCAGCUCGGAGAGCGGGGGAUUCUUUGGGAACUUCCUUAAGCGGCGGUGCCACCUUAAAGAGGCUGAUGACUUUUCUCGUUACAUUGUAGCAGCGGAAAGAAUGUCGGCGCGGGCCGUGGCUGACGUCAGAGGGGAGCAACGCAGAGCGGCGGUGGCGGCGGCCAGCAGGCAGCAGCGGCGGCCCCGGCACGGAGGAGGCAGCGGCGAGAGCGGCCUCGGCCCCGCCGCCACGAUCUCCGCCAGUACAGCCACCGCCACCAGCGCAGCAAUGGCGACCGUCGGGGAGCGCAGGUCCUUGCCUAGCCCGGAGGCAAUGCUGGGGCAGCCCUGGAGCCAUUGGGUCGAUGCUGCUAAACUUCACGGGAACGAUGGAGCAGCCUUGGAAGAAAAUUUCAAGGAGUAUGGUAAAAACCGAGAAGCGAUGCGACUUUGUAGGGAAGGAAUUCAAUAUACAUGCCAGAGGAGUGAGGAUAUGCCAAUAUUUGGUCUUUGCCCAGCUCAUGAUGAUUUCUAUUUGGUGAUGUGUAACCACUGUAAUCAGGUCGUAAAACCACAGGCAUUUCAAUCACAUUAUGAAAGAAGACACAGCUCCUCCAGCAAACCACCUCUAACGCCUCCUUCCUCUUCAGUAUUCUCCUUGUAUUCAUCUCUGUCUUCAAAAAGUAAAGGCAGCAGCGGAGGAGGGAGCAAUCGUUCAUCCAGUGGUGGAGGGGCAGGUGCAUCAUCAUCAUCCAGUUCAAAAUUAUUGAAAUCACCCAAAGACAAGCUGCCAAUUGGUGGAAACAAUAGGCCAAUGCAUCUAAUGCAUAGCAAAGGUCCCCAUGACAAAAUCAUGACUCCAUCUGUCAAAAUGGAAAAAAUGCAUCCAAAGAUAGAUGGUGCAUUACUGAAGCCUGCUGUUGGUCCAACCUGUUCUACUACUGUGAGCUCCUCAAUAAAGACUGGCCUUAAUCCCUCAAUACCAAAGCCACCCUUGCCUUCCCCUGGACAGAUACUGAAUGGUAAAAGUCUUCUCUCUGUGCCUCCAUAUACAGAAAAGAAACAAGACGAGAGUACAAAUAAUAGGAAAUUUUUACACAAAAGAUUGUCAGAGAGAGAAUUUGAUCCUGACAUCUACUGCGGAGUCAUUGACACAGAAACCAAGAAACCCUGUACUAGGUCGUUAACAUGCAAGACACAUUCCCUAACUCAGCGAAGAGCUGUACAGGGUCGAAGGAAACGAUUUGAUUUAUUACUAGCUGAGCACAAAAGCAAAACCAGGGAAAAAGAACUACUCCGCCAUUUGGAUCAUCAUCAGCAGAUGCCCCUUCUCAGGGAACCACAUCCCUCACCUUCAAGAACUUCCCAGGAGCUGCACCAAAAUUCUCAUGGAGUUAUUCCUACAGAAUCAAAGCCUUUAGUACCUAAUAAACCCAAACCUCACACUCCCAGUCUUCCAAGGCCUUCAGGCUGUCCUGGCCAGCACAGUGGGAAUGCCCCUAGUGAGUCUCCAUCAGUCCAUGAAUCUCCACAUGCUCCCUUGCCUGCAGCUGAGCCAACAUCUCGGUUAUCCAGUGAUGAGGGAGAAUGUGAUGAAAAAGAAGAGCCUGUCGAAAAACUGGAUUGUCUUUACUCGGAUCAUCAUCCUCAAGCAGCUGCUUUUUGCACAUUUGGUAGUCGACAAAUCGGAAGAGGUUACUACGUGUUUGAUAAGCGAUGGAACCAUAUCCGAUGUGCACUUAACGUCAUGGUGGACAAGCAUCUUAACUCACAGAUGUGGAAGAAGAUUCCUCCUGCGACAAGCAACUCAGCAUCCAUCCGUGCUCCCCACCGGACAAGCACCCUGCCUGCGUCGCAGUACGGUGUCAGCACGACAAGUUCUGCGUUGCCCACAACUGCUGUGUCCCCUCCAGUGCUUGUGUCUCCCUCCUGUUUAUCUCUUAGUGGGAAAUCAGUACCAUCCCAUGGGACUACGCUCAAUGCCAACCCUGCUAGUUUUGGUGCAGCAGAACCUGCCUGCAGUAUGCAAUCAAGACAAGGGUCUACAUCCCUUUCAACACCUCCAGUGCUUUCCUCAAUACCUUCACCUCUGUCCAGCAAACCUCAGAAAUUUAAAUCCAGCAAGUCUUUUAAGCCUAAGGAAAUUUCUGCUAGUAGCACCAACUGUAACAGUAGCAGUAGCAGUAGCAACAGCGGUAGCGGCAGUUCAGGAAAGAAGCGUAAAAACAGUUCUGUGCUGCCGACACCUUCUUCUCAUUCCACAGAGUCCUUUAGGAAAAACUGUGUUGUUAACUCUGGAAACUCGGGGGCUUCUUAUCACUCGUCUGUGAUGUCUUCAUCCCACAGUGUUGGCCUCAACUGUAUGACUAGUAAAGCUAACUCGCUUAGCCUCAAACAUGACCAAUCAGGGAGGGGGCCUCCAACCGGGAGCCCUGCAGAAUCGAUAAAACGAAUGAGUGUGAUGGUGAACAGUGGCGAUUCUACUCUCUCGCUGGGACCGUUCAUUCACCAGUCCAGUGAACUGACUGUAAACUCGCACGGCGGGUUUUCACAUUCACAUCCUUCCCUAGAUAAACUCAUAGGAAAAAAAAGAAAAUGUGCGCCUGGUUCAAGCAGCAUAAGCAGCAGCAGCAAAGCAAGCAAGAUUGCCAAAUUGCCACCGGUGAACAACAUUCACACAAAACACGCUGGUGCAAUCCCAGGGACACAAGGAUUGAUGAACAAUUCUAUUCUUCAUCAGCCAAAGGCACGUCCCUAACAGUUGACAGUACCAUGACAGAACUGGAUUAUUUUCACUACAAGCGAAAAAAUCUCCAUCUGGAAAUUCUGGACUCCCUGAUGCCUUUUGAGUUCUCCCAGCUUCCCACAGUUCUCAGGUGUGGAAAUCUACUAGUCUGUCACACAAUCGAGGAGUCUCCCUGAAGCCAUGUCUGUAGCAACAGAGCUUGGAAAUGGACACUGGAUUGCCGUUCAGCCACAGGAUUAGUCCUAUCAGUGUUACCAGUGGUCUGGACUGCUUGCUACAAAUCCCUGUGAGGUUUUAUUUACAGGAUUACAUCAUUUUGCCACUAAGUUAAACAAGAUUGGUUGGGCAAAGCAGUGUUUGGGAAAGAAUAUUACUAUGGACUUGUGUUUUCUUUUCUUUACCGAUAGUGUCAUAGGCCUAAUUAACCGCUCUUUUGGCACUGUCCAGUGAAAACCCUUCCAGAAGGGGGCACAAUGUGUUAGGCACAAUAAAACAGACAGAAAAGCCCUCAAGAAGGGAAUACGGCUUUAGUGUUUUAUAGCAAUGUUCCUUGAUUGGAAUUCAAAAAUAGCACAAUUUAGAAAUGGAAGUCUACAUUUUGCCCAGCCUUUUACCAAGUAAUUUGGGAUAAGAAGCUGACAGGAGUUCUUAAAACAACACAAAACAAAAGUUUGUGGUCAUCACUCGAAAACUAAAAAGCAUAUUUAAAUUGUGAAAUCCUGUGGUACAGAACAAUUUUUAUGGGAGUUAUCCACCAAGUAUAGCUGCUUCAUAUCCUUCAUUCCUUCCAGUGGAGGCUGUAUAGGGUUCCUAUACAAGGCUCACUGAAAUGAAUGGAGGUUGCACAGUGGCAUUCUUUGGAGGAGGAUGGUACCUGCUUGAUUCUGAAUAAAAUUGCUUUGAUUCUGAUACACAGACAGAUGCAAAACUCUUGAAUCCAAAAUAGUGAAUGACCUCUAAAACUGUUCCCAAAGAAUAUAUUCUUGACCUAUACUGUAUGCCAUAAGCCUUUGUUGUUUUGGGGAGAUGGGUAGGGAAAGGAUGAAAAAUGAAACCAAAAAAAAAGUCCUUAAAAAACUAAAUUGCAAUCAUCUGUAACACUAAAUUAUCUGUGCUAUUUUUCUUGAAAGGUUUUCCAGUAAGUUGAUACUUUGUUCACACAACCAAAUCACCUUCUCUGAAGUCUGCCUUCAGAUUUUUCUGAUGACUGCAUUUAGUGCCAGUUCAAGUUCUGAGCUCAGUGUUAAAUUUACCCCUUGCAUUACCAGCUUAUAACAAAGGGGGGAGGGGUAAUGUGUCAUCCAGUCCACACUGGUAUCUUUUUCUUUUAAGCAAAAAGAGUUUAUUUUGGAAAGUUAGAAGGGCUUUAAUACUAUUUGAUCUGGUUGAUUGUAACAGUAGUGAAUCUUGAAAUACAACCUAGAAUUUUACACAUUUUGUUUGAAAGGGAGAGGAAAUGAUAAAUCCAAACCAUAGGGCAUAAUCCAUGGGGAAUUUUCCUUCUGCAAUUCUAUAAAAAUGCACUUCCUGUCCUUUUGUAAUAAGUAUGUGUUUUGGAGUAUAGAUUCAGACAGUCAUUUCCUCCCCAGUGAGAGUUUACCUUUACAAUCAUUAAAUAAGCCUAGAUUUGCAACACUUGUUAGCAUGCUACAUUUUCACAGCUUCUCAGAGAUGCACCUGCAAAAUCUGUUGUACUUGGGGACUCACACCCACCCUGUCAGGUCAUUCAGUUCCAUUUCAUGCCUGUCACUUGAGAACCACAUAGUGAAAAAGUUAACACUUACUGAGGAAGAAAACUGAUCAUCUGAAUCUGCCCACAACGGGGCUUGUGAAGAUGUUCUCAAUGAAAUACGUUUGUAGACUUCUGCCUUAAAUGGGCACCAGAUUUUGCUGAGAUUAGACAAUCUGAGCCUAUCUAAUUCACACAGCCCAGCCUCUCUCCCUACUAUGGUGGUGCAUUGCACAUCAGGGAUUCUAAAGCCACCACAAGCAGUAGAUGCUUGGGUUUUUUGUUGUUGUUGUUGUCAUUGGUUGAUUUUUAACUGUUGAGAUUUUCAAAUCAACAUGAAAUUUGCUAGUGAAUUAUUAAAACAGUGAAGAAACAAGACUCUAUGCAGACAACUCUAAAGCCUUGAAUUCACAAAAGAUCAUGUUGUUUUUAAGAAAAGGAACAAUAUUAUGGACACUGAUGAUUAUGCAAAUAUUAAAAGUGACUGCAUUCUGGGGAAAGGGGAAUUUUAAACAACCCUUCAGUAGAUAGAGAAUAUUGUAAAAUGUUAAAACCUCUUAAUUGGCUUAUUUGGAAAGUGGGAAGGGACAACCAAAGUAAUGUAUCUGCUUUGCAGAGAAAAUAGACAUAGGUUCCAUCCCAUGUGUUAGGUAUGUUCAAUCACAAGUGCAAUUUGGUUUUUACCUUUGAAGGCUGACCUUUUCCAUGAGUUGAACCUUAGUGGCUUUAAGUAUUCAAAAACAUACUUCUUUUAUAAAUAUUCUGUUGCUCUGAGCAUAUCAAAGCAAGUCCCAAACUCCUUAAAACAUGCAAAUCUCUAUGAAAAGUUCAACAGUGUUUAAUUUAAAUAGGUUGCACAGCUAUGGACCUGAUUCCCUCUGUGAAUGCUGGCAUUGCGAGCCAUAUUGAAAGCACUGGGAACUUCACACAAACACAGCCAUGUUGUUGCACACAGCUCACCCAGUGCAUUCAGUAGGGCUUGCGUAAAAGGCAUUCUAGGGCAGAAUUAUGUCUUGCAUCUGGCUCUUAAGGCAUAUAGUUUUAUAAUUUGCUAUGAAUAGAACCGGAAGAUGUUAAUUUAUGCCUGCCCUCAAAGUAUAGACUUGCUUAACUAUUAGGCAAACAAUAUUCCAUUUUGGGAGCUUAGUAAUAAAUGGAGUAAUUGUUUUUGAAUCUUUUAUUGUCUGACAACAUUCUCAUUGUAAAUAAUUAAGGAACUUUCAAAUUUAAUUUAUCUUGCAAAAUUUGCAGUGACUGGGUUGUUAGAACGAUUUUAAUUUAAGAGAUACAAUUUUUAUAGACUUUCCAGCUUCUCAUUAUGACUCCUGCAGUUUUCUUAACCUAAAAAAGAAUAAUAAAAAAUGUUGCAAUGGUGAACAAAGAAAUAUACAAAAAUAAUGAAAUCCAUAAUUUUGUAUCUUUAUUUUGGAAUUUCUUGUUCUAUUAUAAAUAUUGAAGUAUCCCUAUUUCAGAAGACAUAUUUUGUUAAUUGAUUGUACAUAUUUAAAUAUGUAUUUUUGCACAGGUCUUUUUUUUCUUAUAUCCAGUUUUGGUACAAUUGAAAAUCGUCUAGUAUUUAUUAAUUUAAAAAAAAGCAAAUACCCUUUUUUAUAAUUUGAAGUGGUUCACUGCCAAGCCAAUAGUCAACAUGCCUACUUUGCAGUUUUUAAGGGAUGCCUCUGUUUUGGGAGUGGGGAGGGGGGGAGUUCUGUCCCUUGUCUUGGGAGUUGCUACAUACAAAGGAAAGGUUCUGAUGUUGCAGUCCUGUGCCCACAGCUUCCCUGUUUCUCAGUGGGGAGGCUGGGUGGCAUUUGGUUGCACGUUGUUGGCCUACUCUGCUAUAUACAGCAUAGCUUACACUUGCCUGAUUUCCAGAAGACUACACUUAGUUGUGACACACUGCUUUUUUUCCCUUCUUUUUAGCAUUUGUGUGUAUGUGUAUGUACAUACCUCUGUGCCCACACAUGUGCACAUUGGUGUGAGUCUUUACAUGGUUUAAAACUAAUGGAAAAACUGAAAGUGCCUGAUUUAUAUAUCUAGAUUUUAAGCUUGGACUGUUCUUUAGACAGCUUCUCCUUUAAAGACUUGAAUGUUCUGUUGGAAAAAAAAAAAGUCGAGCUUGCUUUUCCCACCUCCGUAUGACUUUCCAUUAAUGAGGAAGAGAGGAUGCAGGGGAAUGAAAUACAAUAAAAGACAAAUGAUCAGACUGAAACAAGUCCUCAGUUCAUAAAUAAUGCCAAGGAUUCUGCAGAUAGGUUUCAACAAGUGAAUUCAAAUAACUAGUUCUGUUGUAAUCAGAUAGAACUUUUUUUAAGGAUACAGAUUGUUGACAUUUUGUAUUACUGAAAAAAAAGUUACCUCUCAAAGCAACUUUACGAGCUACCUACACAAGCCACUGACAACCACUGUCCUGUACACAAUCCUCACUGAAAUGAACAGGAGUUUUGCAGUGGUACAAAUCCCUGUUCAUUUCAGUGAAGACUGACUGGCCCCGGUGAGCUUGUGCUCACAGUGUGAUUUCAACCCUUCAUUUUCCGGUAAGUUGUCUUCCGGCAAGAGUUAUUAUUGCCAAGUAUCCUUUUGUCUCUGUCUUUUGGGGAUUGGUAAUUGUACGGUGAAGGGGAUUGGACUUGAAGAUUGUUCUGCUUUCCUUCAGCAGAAAACUUAUGUUAAAUGCUUUGUGCAGAAUAUUCUACUUUUUAUGAAAGGUGUUUAUUAUUAUUUUUAAUGAGCACUACAUAAUGUCAAUGAGAAUGUAGGCCAUGGAAGCUUCUUGCUUUGGAGUUGAGCCUAGCUCCAUAGAGAGGGUGGGGGAAAAGCAAUCUCCUGUGUAAAAUGUGUGAAUAGUUUGAUAAUUUGUAUACAUACUCAAGAGCAUCUGCUCAGAGCUGAACUUUUGUGUUGGCUGCUGUAUAGUAAAUGAACAAAUGUCAUGGGGUAGAAAAAUUACUUUGGAUAUUUAAAAGAAGAAAAUAUAUAGUCUAUUUGUUUUGUAACAGGUUUCUGUAAAUAAAAUAAUUUAUACUAUUUAUAAAAAAAAGUUGUGCUUUUGCUUCAUGAUCAGAAAAUUAAGCUUGCAGAAUGAACAAAAUGUGACUUAACCAAGAUAA